CUGCCAGUGUGUGGAGCUACCGCACGCCGGGCGCAGAAGCGGCUCGUCUCGCACCGACAAGACUUGACACUGCCGCAGCUGCGCCACUGCCGCAGCUUCGCGUUAGUCGGCCUCACGCCGCACUCACUCUGCUGGAUGUCCAUCAUGCUGCUCUGUCCGCGGCGCGACGAGCUGCCGUUUGCGACGCUGCGGCGCGAGGCGACACUGCGGCGCGAGCGUCCGCCCGCAUCGUCCUCCUCAUCGUACUCCUCCUCGUCCUCCUCAUCCUCGCUGUCCUCCUCCUCCUCGCUGCGCACAUGCUCGUCGAGCGCACGCUUGCCGGCGCUGAGGAAGUCGUCGAGGUCGGCGCCCAUGCUCGGCGCACGCAUGCCGGUGCGCGAGCCGACGCCCGCCUCGUGGAAGCGGCGCUCGGCGCGCCGGGACGCCAUGGCGGGCUAGAGAAAAGGGAGGCUGCGCUGAGCUGUGCGGUGUGGCGCGAGUGUUUGUUGUGGGGUGCCGCUGGCGUGGGCGUGGAGGAUGAGGGCAGAGGGAGAGAGAGAGGAA